UAUACUCCGUCUUCACCUUGUCGCGGUUGAUCAGUGCAAGUUCAGUAUCGCUAUUCUGUUGUACCAUUCAAUGCACCUUAUGCCACCCCCCCCAUCUUCAGGACUCGGAUCUGCCACGCCCUGCGAUGGCCCACUGCUUCAUACGGUUACGGUGCAGAUCCCUAUCAGAAACUGAAUCCCCUUCACCAAAAUCUGGUUUCCAACAGACAGGGACAUGUCCACUAAGGAACCUUUUUCAGCUUCGCAACCCAUUCCCAUCAGAAUUCCUUUGCCAGACUGACAUGAAUCGGGGUCAGGACUGUUGAGGAAUAGUACGGAGCCAAACAAUGGGUAUGACAUGCAGCCAUCUGCUCUUGUUCAGGAAAGGCUCUGUACUUUCAUCCGCACCAAACUCCUCCAUCUUGCCGGCGACAGUGCUAUGUUUUCUUCACCUAUUGCGAAUCAUAUCGACCCACCCUGGGGUGCCGCUGUUGUUGGGCCUCCUGGCAGCGAGGGUCCAGAACCCGGAGUAUAUGCAGAGAUUCCGUGGAUCCGUUGUGGUCGUUCAGGCAUCACUUGGCCUGUAAUCAUUGCGUGUAGAAGCAGAGAGGAUGCUGAAGAGAUAAACGAAAUCCUCAAUCCUUUUGUUUCUCUCUGGCACCAGGAAUCGAUCAGCGAUUUUCUGGAACGCUUAUCGCAGUACGAUUCAUGGAGAGACGUGUGCGCCAUGUUCGAUCAGCCUGGUGCUUCUGUGUGGUCUGUCAUUCAUGGGAAUCGCUGCGCUCUGUAUUACGAUGAGCGCCAUGUCAUUAAGACAUUAAACCAAAAUAGCUCAGGUUAUCGUACUGCAUACAAGUUCUUCUCAUUUCACGAUGCAUUUGUCUGUCACUUAACCAGAGCAGACAUUGUCACCAAUGGGACCCUGGUAUAUCGGUCAACUACGGCACCCUCCCCGAGGCCGCCACGCGGUCCAUUAGUUGCUGCACCGUCGGGCACACCCCAAAGUCCGCCGUCGACUCCUAGCAAGUCGAAGAGCAACCAAGAGGAGACAAACGAAGACUACUUAGGCAAGACUCUAUCGCCUCCUGCAACUCCUCCAAGGACUCAUUUGCUGACACCUGUUUCGCCACCUUCAACACCUUCGAGGCCCCCUGUUAGCAUACUAAGGGCUUUCCCAAAGGCAGGUCAAAGUUCAACGUCAGGGAGAAAUGAUCCAAAGGACUCGGACAUGAUGCCAAUACCUAGUCUGGUCCUACAAUACAUCACCAUUCACAACCACCCCGAGGAUUGGGUCAGACACUCGCUAAAUGUCAAUGAUGACCGCCGUGCCGGGAGGCCAACUUUUUAUGGAGCCUCUACGAGACUGUGCACUGAUGCGCUGUGCCCUAGAC